AUGUCCAGUCUUCCUGCCCUGCUGGUCCUGUAUGGAAGUCAGACUGGUACCGCCCAGGACACAGCACACAGGCUGGCCCGGCAGGCCCAGAGGAGGCGGCUGAAUGUCCGGAUGAUGUCCUUGGACAGUUACAGUGUGGCCAAUCUGAUCUCGGAGAGGCUGGUUGUGUUCGUCUGCUCCACCACGGGAGAAGGAGACCCUCCAGACAACAUGAAGAACUUCUGGAGGUUCCUCUUUAAGAAGUCUUUACCUGCUGCUUCGCUGAGCCGUCUGGACUGUGCCGUUCUGGGCCUGGGGGACUCCUCUUACCCAAAGUUUAAUUUUGUUGCUAAGAAGCUGCAGAAGCGCCUUGUGCAGCUAGGGGUCAGCAUGCUGGUUCCUGUGGGUCUGGCAGACGAUCAGCACGACCUCGGGCCGGACGCUGUCAUUGACCCGUGGCUCUCAUCUUUCUGGGAGAAGGUGUCAGUUCUGAACCCAUCUCUGGCUGACGUGGUCCCUCUGAGGGAGGAUGAGGCACUCCCUCCAUCGUUCUCGUUUCACUUCCUGGACGACAAAUUGGAGACGGACGAUUGUCUGACGAUCCAACGGGACCGUGAGGUUCUGUCUGAGCCCCAUCCUUUUUCUGCCAGGAUGGUGUCCAACAGGCGGCUGACAGAACCGACCCACUUCCAGGAUGUCCGGCUCAUAGAGUUUGACAUUUCUGGGUCCAGUCUUGAGUUUGCAGCCGGAGACGUGGUUCUGAUCCGUCCAUGUAAUACAGAAGAAGAUGUGCAGCGGUUCUGUGAGCUGCUCAGGUUGGACCCAGAGUCCAGAUUCACUCUCAGAACCACAGAAAACUCUUCAGUUCCGCCAAGGCUUCCUCAGCCCUGCUCUGUGCGCCACUUGCUCCAGAACCACCUGGACAUCGGUGCCGUGCCCCGCCGCUCCUUCUUCGAGCUGCUGUCCACAUUCGCUACUAAUGAGCUGGAGAGAGAGAAACUGAGCGAGUUCUGCUCAGCGGCGGGUCAGGACCAGCUGCACGCCUACUGCAACCGGCCCCGGCGCACGGCGCUGGAGGUUCUGGCAGAUUUCCCUCACACCACAGCUGAAAUCAAAGUGGAUUAUCUCCUGGAUCUGUUCCCUGAGAUCCAGGCCCGGUCCUUCUCCAUCGCUUCGUCUCUGCAGGCUCUUCCUCACAGGCUGCAAAUCCUCGUCGCUGUAGUUCGAUUCAGAACCAAGAUGUACAAACCAAGACGGGGACUCUGCUCCACCUGGUUGGCCUCUCUGGACCCCCAACAAGGGGGGGUCUCCAUUCCUCUGUGGGUGAAGAAGGGGACUCUGCGGUUCCCCAAAGAGGCCGACACCCCUGUGAUCCUGGUCGGACCGGGGACUGGAGUAGCCCCCUUCAGGGCUGUCUUACAGGAGAGACUCUCUGAGGGAAAAACUGCUAACAUUCUGUUCUUCGGCUGCCGCUCCGAGUCCAAAGACUUCUUCUUUCGCUCCGAGUGGGAGGACAUGACAAAGGCUGGACACCUGCUCCUCUUCACCGCUUUCUCCAGAGACCAGGCGGAGAAGGUCUACGUUCAACACCAAGUGAUGGAGAACUCUGCGCUCCUCUGGGACCUGAUCACCAAGAACUCCGCCUGGUUUUACAUCGCCGGGAGCUCCAAACAGAUGCCGGUCGACGUGCGUGGCGCCCUGCAGGACGUCUUCCAGCAGGAAGGAGGCAUUUCUGCUGAUGAGGCGGAGCAGAUGCUGGCAGUCAUGGAGCAAACGGGCCGCCUGCAGAGGGAGACCUGGUCCUGACCCGUCCGCAGAGGCCAGAUUACUAUAAAUGCCUGUUGAAUGUAGGGCUGGAACUGCUCUGUAACAUGCUGGGGACCAGAUUAUUUUUCAUUUAAUUUGUCUUGAUGCUUGAAACCUGAAAGAUAAUUAAUUUUUUCCAUCGUUCAUCUGAGAAACUAAAUUAUUUCUCCCGUCAGACAUUGAGUAAAAGCAGAAUUUUAAUAAAACUACAGACUGAAAAUUUGGAAUUAAUCUGUAAUCCAGAGUUUCAACAUUAAGAAACGAGAAGUUCUGUUCCAGUUUUACCUCAAAGUCAAGCCAGUAGCAACAUUAACUCCCACCAUCAGCUUCAAACAAACCACCAGGGAUCCAAGUGACCACAGGUUGAACUAAUCCAGAUUAUCCUGGAUUAUUAGUCAGGAUUUCAUCCAGUAGGAGGUGUAACAAACAGGAAGAUUGGAAGUUG